AUGGUCGUGAGCGACUACAGUAACUACGAUGACCGCGAAGAGUGGCUCGACCCAGAUAUAGUCUUGAGGAUAUCUGAACAGCUAUUGGAUGCCGUCACAUUUAUACACGAAGCUGGCUAUGCGCAUGGAAGUACGAUGAGCCCCGAGGCGUCCAAGGAAGACCUCUUCAAUAUCCCUGGACCACCAGAAUCAGAGAAUCUAACUCGGCUUGAUGGCGAGCCGUCAGGAGAUAGCCUACCUAAGCAGCUAGUGAAGACAGUAGGCUGGGAUAAUUGGACCGAAGAAGAUGAGGAAGAUCUUCGUAUCAUUGACUUCGGAGAGGCUUUCCUUCAAGGGGCAGAGCCGAAACGGCUUGCCCAGCCUGGCACUUUGCGAAAGCCGGAAACAAUCUUUAAAGACAAGUUUGAUCAUAGACUUGACCUAUGGCGUGCCGGUAUUGUGGUGAGAACAUUGCGCUUCUAUUUCUUAGAGUAG